AUGGUUGGACAAUUUAUACCAUCUAGCGGAAAUAAAUCGUUCAUUUUGUCGUGGGGUAUUAGAGAAAGUCGGGAAAUAUCUUUACAAAAAGGAUAUGUAAAUAUUCAAAAAAUUGCUGAUCACUUACAUUUAUCAAGUCAACAUAUUGAAGCGGCGCAGAGAAUUUAUUUGAUGGCCUUACAAAGAAAUUUCACCAUGGGUCGUAAUAAUUCAUAUGUUGCUGCUUCAUGUUUAUAUACCAUCUGUAGAAGAGAAAAAUCGCCUAUAAUGUUAAUAGAUUUCAGUGAUAUAUUACAAACUCCUGUAAAACCUUUAGGCAAAACAUUUUUAAAAUUAUUAAGAUUAUUACAUAUUAAUGUACCAAAUAUUGACCCAUCUUUAUUUUUAGAACGAUUUGCUCAUAAAUUAAACUUAAAAAAUGAUAUUUAUAAAGUUACCUAUACAGGUAUUAAGUUAAUUCAAGCCAUGACUAGAGAUUGGAUAAGUACAGGUAGAAGACCCACCGGUUUAUGUGGGGCGGCUCUUUUAAUAUCUACAAGAAUGCACGGAAUUUGUAUAAAUUCAAAUACGAUUGCUGAUAUUGUUAGGAUAUCUAAUCCUACUAUUAUCAAAAGAUUAGCUGAAUUUAAAAAUACUAGUACAGCACAAAUAAAAGCUAGCGAAUUCGAUAAAAUAUCCAUUAAUGAUAUCCCAUCAAAUACCAUACCACCAUGUGUUAUAUAUUAUAAUAAGAAGAAAUUUAAAGACAAUAUAUCGGAGAAAAAUAAAACAUUAUCCUUAUGUGAUGAUGUCGAUAACCUUUCAGAAGAUAUGUCAUGUACUCUAAUAAAUAAUGAAGAAAAUAAAAUGGACAGUGAUAUGUUGAAUGAUAAUUUUCCUUCUUCUAAGAAUGAAGAAAACAAAACCACGUUAUUAAGUAGUACACAUUCAAAUAUUGAUAAUAAUGAUCUUAUUUUUAAUAAAAAUCAUUCUGAUCAUUUGUCUAACUCAGAUUAUUCGAUACAUGUAGAUGAAAUAUGUAAUGAAAACCCUAAAGGAAAUGAUAUACAUAAUCUUGCUCAAAAAAUUAUGAAUACAAUAAAUUUAGAUAUAAAUAGUAAUAUAUUAAAAAAUGUGGAUACAAAAAUAAAUCUACAUAAUAAUCUAAUGGAUACGUUGUCUGUAAAUACAGAUGUGUCAACAAAUACGCAAAAGGGAAGUCAUAUAUCACAUAACCAGGCAUAUAUGUGUGAAAAAAAAAAAAAAAUUGAUAAUAAUGAUAAUAAUAAUGAUGAUGAUAAUAAUAAUGAUGAUAAUAAUAAUAAUGAUGAUAAUAAUAAAGAAGAAGAUAAUAAUAAUAAUGAUGAUAAUAAUAAAGAAGAAGAUAAUAAUCAAUCUUCCAUUUCAAAUAAUAUUUGUUCAAAUAAUAUUUGUUCAAAUAAUUUAUCAAAUGAGUCUAACGAUAAUACAUAUAGUACAACAUUAAAAGAAAGAGUCACAUGCGAAAUAAAUAAUAUACUUAAUGGUAUGGAUGAAACAUACAAUAAUUUGUUAAAUGAUCCAUCAGAUUUUCAAAAGGAACAAAAAAAAUCGGAUAAUAAUAAUUUAUCCAAUGAUUUAAAUGGUAUGAAUAAUAUUAAUAAUAUACUUACAGAUUUUAAUUAUUUCUUCGAUAAUAAUUCUAAUAAUGCCAAUGAUCAAAAUGAAGCUUUAGAUUUACAUUCAGAUUGUUCCAGUAAACCAAGUUGUAAUUCAUUAAGCGAUGUAUAUGAUAGUGAAAUUGAAAAUAUUAUAUUAUCCGAAAAAGAAAGAGAAAUGAAGAUGCUCAUAUGGGAUGAUAUGAUGAAAAAUCAUUUGCCCCAUUUAUCCAAACAACUUAAAAAACAUAAAAAGAGAAAUCAUAAUGAUAAUAAUAAAAAUAAAGAUACAAAUAUUAAAAAGAAACAAAAUACUUUUGAAGAUUAUUCACAAGUGCAAUCUACAGGGGAAUCCGUUUUAAAAGCUUUGGGAAAAUCAGAUAAAAAUUUACCAAAUAAAAUUAAUUAUGAUGUAUUACAAUCUCUUUUUACAUCAUAG